UGCGUAGCCUUCGUUUCUUAAAAUGUUUGGAUUCGUCGAUCAGUACGAGGCCGGCGAUCACGGGUUUCUCCCUUUUUUUCAAAUUCUUAUUACGCGUGGCCCUCUCGAUCCGAUCGGCGUCCGCGUCGGUGCUCUUGAGCGCUGCGCGCGAUGUAUCGAGAAGAUUCGGUGGGAAUGUUUCCAAGGGCGGAGGUCGGAUGUGAUUGUUUUCGGGGGAGAAGAGGGGAGGCAAGAAAAGAUAGCAAGGGCCGGAGGUUAUGGGAGAAGGUCAAAUACCAGCUCGUCGAAUACCAUUCCCUCCCCAGCUAUCUCAAGGAUAAUGAAUACAUCAUUGGUUAUUACCGCUCCGAAUGGCCUCUCAAGCAGACUUUUUUCAGUAUAUUCACCAUCCACAACGAGACCCUAAACGUCUGGACGCACUUGAUUGGAUUCUUUCUCUUCCUUGUCCUCACCAUAUAUACAGCAAUGAAGGUUCCGAAGGUGGUAGAUAUAAAUUCACUGCAACAAUUACCCGAGGUGCUGAAAAGAGCUGAUCUGCACAAGCUUCCGUCAGAUCUAGUUGCUUGCCUGCCAGCCCUACCUCAGUUGUCUCAUUUGCAGAAGCUAAAAGAUGAGUUGAGGUCCACAUUGCCUAAGAUGGAUUCACUUUCUUCUCUACCCCGCUGGCAUCUCUUGGAACUUAUUUCAAACUGCUUUCCUCCGCGAUUAUCCCAUGAUAACCAAACCCAGCGUAGCAUGUUAAAUCAGAUGGUGAACAACCUGAUUGCACCACUAUUUGUACACCAAAUUGCCCGGUGGCCAUUCUUUGCAUUCCUAGGUGGGGCAAUGUUCUGUCUUCUUGCAAGCAGUGUGUGCCAUCUUCUUUUUUGUCACUCCCGACGUGUUGCGUACAUUAUGCUCCGUCUGGAUUAUGCUGGUAUUGCAGCUCUUAUUUGCACAUCCUUCUAUCCUCCUGUGUACUACUCCUUCAUGUGUGAUCCCUUUUUCUGCAACCUAUACCUUGGCCUCAUCACCCUUCUCGGGUGCGCGACAAUGGUUGUUUCCCUGCUUCCAGUCUUUCAAAAUCCUGAAUACCGAUCAAUAAGGGCAGGGCUCUUCUUUGUCAUGGGCAUGUCUGGAGUUGUGCCAGUGCUGCAUAAAUUGAUUGCAUUCAGGCACCAUCCUGAGGCAGUGUAUACUACACAGUACGAAGUUUUGAUGGGAAUUCUCUAUGGACUAGGGGCACUGCUCUAUGCUACUAGAAUACCUGAACGAUGGAUGCCAGGCAAAUUUGACAUUGCCGGCCAUAGUCACCAGCUCUUCCAUGUCUUGGUUGUUGCGGGUGCUUUAACUCACUAUAAAGCAGGGCUUGUUUACCUCAGGUGGAGGGAUCUACAAGGAUGCGCUAAAUAGAGCUUCCCUCCAUUACGACUUUACUUGUGAAGCACUGAAUGAUAGACAUGGAUUCAAACUAAAUUAGUGAUAGAUCAAAAACUUUAUAUAUCAAGCUCUUUAUUAAUUAGAAGGUCAAAUUACCAAGUUAAUUUUCGUUUGUAUCCAAAACAGUUAUUCUACAGGAAUUUCUGAAUGUUUCAUGCCUUGCCAUGAUUGUUGGGACCAUUGUCUCAGCCUUACGCUUUAUAAUAUAUUCCGCAUGCUUCUGAUUUGCAUCGCAUCA